UGUAGAAAGAUUUUUAAUAGAGAUCCGGAAAGUAUUAUUAAUAUAAAUAUUUAAUAUUUAUGUAUAUACAAGAAUAAAUAUAUAUUAACAAAUAUUUAAUAUCUAAAAGAGCUUUUCAAUCUCUAACGAAUUAAUAUGAAUAUAUUAAAUUAUAUUUUGGAUUGUAUUAAAGGAAAAAUAUUGCGCGUUAAUUUAUUUAUUUGACCUCUUCACAAUCUUAACUCAAUUGCAUUUCACUCGAAGAAUUAGCGUGACCAACGUACACAUACACAGACGAUAUGUAUCUGUUUGUACUUGCAAUUGGUAAGAAAGGACUUUUGUCCUUUAACCGAAUGAAUAUAGUUCCAAUCGCUAAUACGAUGAAGAACCAAUCAGAGUUGAUCGUGAGGUGUAUUGAUACCGAAUAUUCUGAAAGGGACUACUUUAGAUUCAACAGUUAUUGUCUACUCGCCGUAUAGGAUGGACCGAAACAUAUUAAUUAAGUAAUUAGUUCCAUCAAAUUAGCUCAACAAAUCUGUAUUUCACAAAUUUCCUUUAUCAUCAACAUUUGAAAUAUUAACAAGAGGACAAAGAUUCACACGAAUGUCCUUCGGAAAGAAGUCAGAUUUCGGAUUAAUGGAAUAUGCGAGGAGUUUCUUAAGGCAUAAUGCGCAUGUGCACUGGUCGACAUUCUCAACGACGCCGACGCCAUUAUUAUGAAAUUUGUUGCAACAGUCAAGUAUAUCCAAGAAGCAAGUAUAUCCAACAUUUUUAAUUUGUUAUCAACAUGACACAUAAUUAUUAUAUCAUUCUUUGACGUUUUUUUUUUUUUUUUCUUUCCCGAUAAAAACAAUUCUUCCAUAUUCUUCUCCAAUAUAUCUUGGACAUGUCGAAAUAUUUUAUUAUCGAUCAUAACGAACAAUUGAUUAUUUAUGAUUAACAAUCGUACAUAUAACGUAUACACACUAAUAUUUGUCGUCGUCUAAUGGAAAUUAUUAUAUGCCUUUGUUGUUUGUUUUAUUUGUAAUCACUUAAAAAUGAUGAAAGACGGCUUAUCGAUGAUUCUGAUUUGUAAUACAGUUAUUGACUCAUUGACGAAUUAUUAUGUAGAAUCAUGCAUUGAAUAAUUAUUUCGUAGACUCGCGCGUUGAUUUUUACAAAUCUUAUCCAAUACUCAUACAUUCCUUCGUAUAUAAUACGUGAAUGUAUAUGUGUUAAUGCUUCAAGGUGUUACAUACGUCUGAAAAGUUUGAAAAAUUUAAUUUAUAUGGUUCUUUUUUCUCGUUUUUUUUUUGUUUUGUUUUUCAUUCAUUUUAUUAAUCGACUUUCGAUAAAAAAAUUUAUUAGUUUUUUGAUAUUUAAAGCGAAGAGAAACAUACAAACAAAGAUUUCCGCGCAACAAAGAUUAGACAAUGAUACGAAAUUUCAUUCAAAUCGGUUUUGAGUAAAACAGCGUUUAAAAUAAAGAUACAUGGAUAUAUCUAUAGAUAUGGAUAAAUGAAGAUACAUAUACUUCAAAUGGCUGUAAAUUUGUCAAUUUUUGAAAUAUUAUUUCACGAUGGGUUUCAAAGGAAUUAACGACACCAGAAUUUAACGAGAGUGUCUACGUAUGCAACAAUUCUUUAACCUAUGAGAUCUGGAUAAUCGAUAUUACUUUCUACGUAAAGUAUUUUUUUCCAAUCUUUUUCUUUCUUUCUUUUUUUUUUUUUUUUUUUGACUUAAUCCACUGUUACAAUUAACGGCGAUCAUGAGGAAAGAAAGGAAAAGAAAAAAAACGAAGAAGAAUGAAAAACGUAACGUUUCUUUCGUAUUAUUGUAAUUGCGAAAAUAAUAUCGUAUUUCGAAUAAAAGUUAUUUGCGAUCAGGCGUAUUGCGCGUUUGAAAGUUGUGUGACGCGUUGAAGAAAUAGGAAAAAGAGAAAAGAAAAGGAAAAAAAAAGUAUUAUAUUUAGCGUCCUUACGUUUACGUCAAAAGAAAAUCAAAAUGUAUCCAUACCUAUUAUAUAUCUAUUCGUAAAUAAUGAAAUGUUUUCAUCGACAUGAUUACUUUUCAAAGUAAUCAUAGAAGGGUAGGCUUCUAAUGAGAGACACUUGUUGCACCCUCUCGUGCCAUGUUGCGGAUGCGCAAAAGUAAAAGAAGAUAUCUCUAUCUCCUGUUUAUGAUCAGUCGAGAUUUUACUUUCGCGAAGGAUAGAACUUGCUCUCCUGUUGUUGAUAAUUUUUCGUUCACAACCCCCUGCAGAUCGAAUAGAUAUAUAAUACAGGUACUACAUUAUCAUAAGGUCUACAUAUACCUGUUUGCGUUUUAUUAUUAAAGCUCUUGAAAGAGAGAUAGAGAUAGAGAUAGAGAUAGAGAUAGAGAUAGAUAGAUAGAGAGAGAGAGAGAGAGAGAGAGGGAGGGAGGGAGGGAGGGAGAGAAAUAUCGGUGAAAAACCGGAUGAUUCAAUUGAAUUUUAUCACUGCGAUAUCCACGAAUUAGUCUUUGAUAUCCUUCGGAUGGUCGCGCAAAGAAAACUCAAUGUUGAAAGAAAAUGAACGAGCUAAAGGGUAGAGGUGAGGGAUUAACGCACAUCGGAGAUUUCGAUAACUAUUAUCAAACGCCUAUACGAUAUAAACGAUUGGCGAUAAGGUAGCGCGAUUCUGAGCGCGUGUUUGUCGUUAUCAUCAAACGAAGUUCUCUGUCUCUCUCUCUCUCUCUUCUUUCUUCUGACCGGAUUCAAAGUGUCAGUAGGUAUUACGAUCUCGAGGAGAAUCGCGCUAUACGAGGUAUGUACGUCUUAUUGAAAUUGAAAGACACCUGUGAACCAUUUCUAAUCUAAUGGACUAAUAGCUCGAAAGGACGAAUCGUUUUAAUUCAAUUUUUGUUGAUUAAUAAGCGCGCGCGCGCGCACAUUAUUUUGUUUUCGUUUUUAUUUACGCGUUUCAGUGAUAAGAACAAAUAAAAGGAUAAGAGUGAAAAAGGCAAAGGAAAAUCCAAACGUUAUCAUUUUGCUAUAUCAUUUGGAAAGUACGAUAAUCGAUAUCGACAUUACGAAUCAUCAAUCAAGUUCAAGUUGGAGGAACACAGCGCGAAGACGUGAAGGUCGAAGGAGAUCGACGAAGGAGAAAGAAGAGAGAAUAAACGAAGAUAACGACAAUGCGAUUAUGUGUAAUUCGUAUAAUUGCGCAUCUUUUUCUUACGACGAAUCGUCCAAUUGUUUGUUGUUGAAAAAAAAAUCGUAUUGCAUGUACACUAUCAUAUGCAUAUGAAAAAGAUCGUAUUCGUAUAGGGUAAAGUUUUUUUUUUUUUUUUUGCAAUUUGUCAUUUAGUGAAAAUAUUGUCGAAAUCGUUGGAAUUUCGUUUGAAGAAAUUUUAGGUGAGAUAGCCGAGUUUAUUGGUGCGAUAGAUGAUCAAACAUAUCAGCCGAUAAUACAGAACGCACCGCUCAGUAUACUCUUUUCCGAUGCGCGAGAAUGAUCGUUAAAGUAUCACGAUUUCGAUCUUGGCUAAUCGUAAAUCAGGAUGCGCUCGCUCGCGAUCAUGCGUCUGCCGUCGCCCUCGCCCUCGCCGUCGCCGUCGCCGUCGCCGUCGCCGCUGCCGUCGUCGUCGUCGUCGUCGUCGUCGUCGUCGUCGUCGUCGUCGUCGUCGUCGUCGUCGUCGUCGUCGUCGUCGCCGUCGCCGUCGUCGUCGGGGGUUGUUGCGUCUUUCGAGCUUCCUCAUCCUGAGAUCGUCGUCGUACGUCUAUGAAAUAACUCUCGGUUUUACACGCCGGAAGAACAAAAAUAGAAUUGAGAAAACAGGCUAACGAUCGAGAUAAUCAUCCGACGUUGAUAGCGUUCAAAGGAAUGGGGUUAUCGAAGCGCGAGAAAGGUGCUAACCAGUGAAAAUGAGAGUUGAACGAGGAGGAGAAGUUCGCCGUUGUCGAAUUUGAGAAAGGAACGAUGAAGAAAAUUGAUCGAUUAGUCGAUCGAUCGCGCGUACAACAGUUCCUUGAGAAGUUUCGGACAUAUAUAUAGUACAUUUCGUUCUUUCUUCCUUUGUUUUCUUUGUUUUCUUUUUUCUCUUUUUUCUCUUUUUUCUCUUUUUUCUCCGAUUAUCUUCAUCACCUUGUGGAAUCGCGUGGUGCGUUAAUCGGGGCAUAAAGGAUAAAUGAGAUCAGCUCGCAUCGAUGGGGAUCUCGCAUCGUUGGAUCUUCAUACUGACGACGAUCUUUUCUUUGAUGCGUCAUGCCGCAGACGGGAAGGUAACCUGUCGCGAGAUACAAUUCCCACGUGAUUGCGAAGUACUCUGUAGCACAAGCCAAACUGGGAUCAUCUCAUGUGAGCUGCGAGUAGCCGUUAUAUUGCCUGCUGAUCCGAACUUCGAGAUAUCGUUGCCUAAAGUUUUACCCGUUCUCGAUUUGGCAGUUUACGAAGCCAGAGCUCGCAAUCUGCUGCCGCAUUGGUUGAAUCUCACGUUUUUACCUCAGGACGACCACUGCGACGCGAUGUACGCACAAGUCUGUUCGAUCGAUAGUUACUUGAAUUGCGUGCACCUCUUUCUCGGACCGGCUUGCGAUUAUUGCGUCGCCGUCGUCGGAAGAGCAGUCAAAUUUUUAGGCGCUCCGUUGAUUACCACAGGGGGAUUUACUUUCGAUUUUACAGAGCAAAAGAGGGAAUGCAAGGACGAGUACUUUAUGACUACACGCGUUGGGAAUUUGGCUUUUCGGGAUAUAGCGCAGUUCUUGAUAGCUAUCAUAAAUUAUUACGAAUGGCGAAAGGUCCAUUUGUUUUAUGCGACGAAUGGACAAAUUCAGGUUGGCGGGAGGCAUUGUUGUCAAUUAAUGAUGAAAUCCAUGGUCGAGUAUCUUAAGAAGAAGCCUAAUUUUACGUUUGGCACUUAUGACAUUGAAACUGCCACGUCGGUGGAUUAUUUGGAAGCUCUUAAAGUACACGUCGGCAAUUCUUACGCAGAUGCCUUUUUGGGUCCCGUUUGCGACUACGUUAUUGCACCAGUGGCGAGAUAUGCUGGUGUAUGGGGGAUACCAGUAUUGACGGCAGGUGCUCAGGCAGAGGCCUUUCGUCAUAAGGACGAGCACUAUCCGACGUUAACGAGAAUGAUGGGGAGCCAUCGUUUGGUCGGCGAAGCGUUAAGACACAUACUUCAAAGAUUCGGCUGGAAAAUUGCCGGUCUAUUAUAUCAUAAUCACGCAAUGGCGAGCAGCCGCGGUAAUUCAGAGUGCCAUUUCACUUUGGGAGCCGUAUUUACAGCGUUGAAUCAAACACCAGCUCACAAAAGUUUCAAUCAGGAAACUACCAAUGCCGAGGACUACAGGAAUCUUCUUCUAUUCGUGUCAAAGUCUGCGAGGAUCGUGGUCAUGUGCGCAAAUUCUACCACCAUACGGGAGAUAUUGCUCGCAGCCGAGGAACUCGGAAUGGUUGAUUCCGGAGAAUAUGUAUUUUUCUCGAUAGAGCUUUCAUCUAGCGACAACAAUUCCAUAGAACCAUGGAAAUUGGAGGGCGACACGGAUGAGAGAAACGAGAAGGCGAGAAAAGCGUACCAAGCACUUUUGACUGUAACCGCACGGACUCCUGACGAUCUUGAAUAUUUAAAUUUCUCGCGUGAAGUUAAAUCGUUGGCACAAAGCAAAUACAAUUUCACCUUCGGCAAUAGUUCCGUUUCGACGUUCGUCACGGCCUUUUACGAUGCCGUUCUUCUUUAUGCUCUCGCGCUUAAAGAGAGCCUACCGGAAAAGCCUACCGGUGAGGUUGAUCUUGAUGGCGGCAAUUUAACGAGAAGAAUGUGGGGUAAAAGUUUCAAAGGUAUAACCGGAGACGUGAAUAUCGACGAGAAUGGCGAUAGAAUCGCGGAUUAUUCCCUUCUGGACAUGAAUCCGGAAACUUCGAAAUUCGAGAUCGUUGCCAAUUAUUACGGUGCUAACAAAACUCUGGACUAUAUAAAGGGAAAACAGAUUCAUUGGUCCGGGGGAAGACCGAAACCACCCCCCGAUACUCCAACUUGCGGAUUCGAUGGAUCCCUGUGUCCGGAUAAUUCUCUCCCAGGAUACGCCAUUCUCUCGAUAGUCUUGAGUUCGAUCGUGGUCGUUCUGGUUGUGGCCUCGGUAUUUAUUUAUCGUCACUUCAAACUAGAGGCUGAAAUCGCUUCUAUGACGUGGAAAGUACACUGGGAAGACAUCAUCUGGGUACCUUACGCGAGGAUUAGAGGCUCGAUGUAUUCGUUAAAUGCCAACAAGUUACGUAAUAGCCAACUUAGCGUAUACUCCGAUGAUAACGUUAGUCUACCGGAGGGUGUGGACAAGCACGUCUAUAUUCCAACAGGAUUUUACAAGAACUCAAAGGUGGCUAUAAAAUUAAUACCAAGGAACAAAGUGGAAAUAUCGAGGCCUUUAUUGCUCGAGUUAAAACGGAUGAAAGAUCUACAGCACGAUCAUUUGGUGCGUUUCUAUGGUGCUUGCGUCGACCCACCCCAUUGUUGUCUAUUGACGGAAUAUUGUCCUAAAGGAUCCCUUCAGGACAUACUUGAAACGAACAGAUUAAACCCGCAUCGUUUAUUUCGCGGCUCUUUGAUACACGAUAUAGUACGUGGGAUGGCCUAUUUACACGCUUCGGAGGUUAAAAGCCACGGGAAUUUAAAGUCGAGCAAUUGCGUUUUGGAUUCGCGAUUCGUCCUAAAAAUCGCCGAUUUUGGUUCUUCACGAUUGAGGAGGUCCGGUCCAUGGAAGAGGAAUUCGACCAAAAAGCAGUUCAUGUACGCUUAUUGGAGACGACAAUUGUGGACGGCGCCGGAGUUGUUGAGAAUGGAGAGGCGACCACCGGAAGGUACAAAAGGUUACGUUUAUAGUUUCGGAAUAAUCGUACACGAGAUCGUCGUUCGUAAAGGUCCUUUCUAUUUGGGAGAAAAUUACGAUCCACCGCCUAUGGUGAAAAUCGUCGAGGGUGUCAGGAAAGGGGGUAGUUCACCUUUAAGACCUGUGAUCGACGAGAGCGCCGUAGAGGAGGAGGUAGCCACAUUAAUGAGACGAUGUUGGGCGCAGGAUUCAGCCGAUCGACCUGAUUUUCCCGCGCUAAAGCAAACCAUACGCAAGAUCAACAAAGAUUACGAGAGUAACAAUAUCCUGGACAAUUUGUUGUCUCGUAUGGAACAAUAUGCGACGAAUUUAGAGACCUUGGUCGAGGAACGUACUGCGGAUUACUUCGAGGAGAAACGCAAAUGCGAAGAGCUACUGUACCAGUUACUGCCAAAAUCCGUCGCAUCUCAAUUGAUACUCAGUCAAAGCGUGAUCGCCGAAACUUACGAUCAAGUAACAAUAUACUUCAGCGACAUCGUCGGUUUCACCAGUCUAUCGGCCGAAAGUACGCCUCUUCAAGUAGUCGACUUGUUGAACGAUCUCUACACAUGUUUCGACUCCAUCAUCGAAAAUUUCGACGUUUAUAAGGUCGAGACGAUAGGAGACGCUUACAUGGUCGUAUCCGGAUUACCAAUGAGAAACGGUACGAAUCAUGCAAGGGAAAUAGCAAGGAUGAGUUUGACACUAAGGGACACCGUCAUGACUUUCAGAAUCCGUCAUAGACCGGAGGAAAAAUUGAAACUUCGUAUAGGAAUGCAUUCCGGACCAUGCGUAGCGGGUGUGGUUGGUUUGAAAAUGCCGAGGUACUGUCUAUUUGGUGAUACGGUCAAUACGGCAUCUAGGAUGGAAAGUAACGGUGAAGCUUGGAUGAUACACGUCAGUCCAAAGACGAAAGAGAUAUUGGAUACUUUUGGAACAUUCGAUCUCGUUUGCAGAGGAGAGGUAACAUUAAAGGGCAAAGGUACGAUGACGACGUAUUGGUUGAUAGGUGAAAAGCCAAUCAACAAUAAUAUUAAACAAACAAAGACAGCUCAAUCAACCGCCCAACUUCCGCCAGUCCCUAAUGAAUCAGUGACGCAGCAGCAGCAGCAGCAGCAGCAGAAGAUACAACCGAUGAAAAAUCAAUCGAUUCAAACGAAAAAGGAAUCGAAGGGCCAAACUCACACUACUCAGUCGAAAAUUCAGUCUGAAGUGGAAUCGCCUCAAGCACAUUAUGUAUCAGUUAAAGAUCUUUCGCAAAAGAAUCAACCUCAGCAGCAACAGCAACAACAACAAAAACCACAGCAUCAACAGGAGAAAUCGCAACAGCAACAACAACAAGCAAAACCACAGCAGCAACAACAACAAGCAAAACCACAGCAGCAACAACAACAAGCAAAACCACAGCAGCAACAACAACAAGCAAAACCACAGCAGCAACAACAACAAGCAAAACCACAGCAGCAGCAACAAGCAAAACCACAGCAGCAGCAACAACAACAAGCAAAACCACAGCAGCAGCAGCAACAGAAAGCACAGCAGCAACAACAGCAACCACUACAAGCAUCGUAUCAAAGUAAUCAAAAUCGAAUACAUUUUGGUAGCAGUAAUUGCAACAUCACGACCACCGGAAACGGAGCACCUGCAGGUCGUGUGACAUCAAGCAGUGUCGUUUCGCCAGCUCACGUACGUUCAGUUCCAGUACAACCAAAUCGACAGGCUUAUACUUACUCGACGGAAAGUAUGCCGAAUCACACCGAGAGUGGUCCAAACACGCCCCUUCUUUUACCCGCAGACUCGGCGCCUCGAAUUUAGCUCUCUUCGUGCGUCUCUUAUACCGAGCUUGAAAGCUCGUUGACAAGAAUUGAGUAUGAUUCUACCUUGACGGAUAUCCUGCCAUCUGAUAAUAACCAAGGAAAAGAUUAAUUCUUGAAUAAAAAGGAAAAAAAAGAAGCUCUUGCUAUCGCGAAUCGGUCCAGAUAUCAAAAUAGUUAGUGCACGUUCUUGCAUUUCUAUAAGUUUACAAUAGAUGGUGAGAUAUCGCGUAUCGAACGAGUGGUGCCAUUACCGAACAGUUAGAUCGACGGUAAGUCGAAUUAUAAUAUGUAUACAUAUGUAAUAAGACAAAGUGAUCUCUUUCUAGAUGGUAUUACAGAACUAAUAAUAAAGUCAAUGGUGAUGCAUCUGACUAUAUAAAUCACCUGAUUUUUCCAAAGCUAUGUUAUGUUGUACGUACUCCUAUGAUACCGAGGACUUGUUUUAGAGAAAACAAAAAAAUGAAGAAAGAGAAGAAAAGAGAGAAGAAGAAGCACCUCCAUUUAAUAUAAGUAGGUAUUCGUGGAGAGGUUGACCUGAAGGGCCCCUGGAUAGCUCAAUGGUUAGAAUAGCUGCCUCAAAAAGCGGAAGGCCCGCGUUCUUGAGUCCUGCUCCAGAUUACAUGACGGCCCUACUUUUUUACGAAUCCUACGUAUAUAUAUGUAUAUCUAUAUGAAUGUGCAUAUAUAUAUAUAUAUAUAUAUAUAUACAUACAUUGGGCGAAUGAUUCAGUAUUCAAUACCGAUUAGCCCGAAUCGACCAGUAUUAGACAAGGUGCUGUUAACGAGAAAGUGCGUACGACGAAGUGGGGAAAAAAGAUUAAGUAAGUUUUCUCGUAGCGAUAAAUUACUCAUAUUUCUUUUUACGGACGAAAAUCUAGGACACGCGUUUCGUUCAUUGUUUUAAUUACAUCAAAGUAUUCACAUCUCUUAGGAUUAAUACUUUUUCGUCGUCUUUCUAAACCGUAUUUUUUAAAGCUUUGCCGAAAGAAAUCUUAAACGACUAUACUCAACAAGUAUAUUCUUUUCCUUUUUUUAGUUUCAUGCCAAAAAGGAGUAUGUCCUUGUGUAUGUGUGUUGUGCGUGUGUGUGUGUGUGUGAAAGAAAGAGAGAGAGAGAGAGAGAGAGAGAGAGACAUAGGACCAAAUUAACUUCGAUCUGUUGCUAUCCUUAAAGUUUCAUGGAGAUAUUAUUUUCCAUUCAUUAUAAAGGGUAACACGAAACAAAAUGGAUGGUAUAAGUGCGUGGCGAGACGAAUGAAAGGGUGAACUUUGUCAUUAACGUUGUACAAGAGAGAAUCAAUAAUGAAUUUAUUCCAAAGUUAUAUAUAUAUAUAUAUAUAUAACUUCGGAAUUAAGAAAAGAAAAAUCCACUUGAGUUAAUUGCGAUGGGAUAACGAGAGAUAAGUAUAUAUAUAUAAAAAUAUAGCUAUAUCUAUAUAUGUAUACACGGUCUAACACACAAACACACAUAUAUAUGUGUGUAUAUAUAUACAUAUGUGCGUGUGUGUGCGUAUAUAUAUGUGUUUACAAAGAUGUUACGAAGAAAUAGAUUAUAUGUCUGUGAAAAGUUAGACAGUAUAGAAGCAUCGAUGUUCAGCAAGCAAUUUCUAGCGAGAAGAGGCUGGGCCUCUCGUGAGUAUGAUAUAAAAAAGGAAACAGAUGAAGAGAGUAAGAGCGAAAGAGAGAGCGAGUGUGUUUGUGUAUGUAGGAUUAUAUGCAUGAGAGAAAGAACCUAAAUAAGUAAGUACAUAUACAUAGAAUGCGUACGAGCGUUAGUAUGUACGUAAUAUUUUGUGUGUGACUCGAGAGAGCGAGCGUGUUGCGUUGGUCAGUCAAUGAGACUAUGCGCGCGUGCGACGAGAACAGAGGGGUCAAUCGUUUCUUGGCUUCUUGUAUAUAAGAAACGUGACAAAAGAAAGCAAGGAAAGCGAACGAGCUUAUCGUGUAUGUAUAUUGAAUAUAUCAUGUCGUAAGAAAUAAAAAUUAUAUUUAUGUUCA